UGUUCAUCGGUGCGUCACUUAUUGCGGAAGUCCUAUUGAAGAAGUAGUUUGUUGGGUCAAGGACCGGGGAGAGCUGGAAAUAAAAUCAAACGCACACAAAAUGAAGUUCGUGGUGGUUUUAUUCGGCCUCAGUUUGGCGGUGAUGGCCGCAAUGAUCUUCCAGACUUUGCGCCAGGAGUUGGAGUUCCGCAACUCGAAAGCCCGCAGACUGGAGGACUUGUCAGUGGCCAAGAGGGAAGAGAAAGUCAUAGACGCGAUCAAACCGCAAAUCAAUGAGCUGAAGACCAACCUGGCGUCCGUCAUGGGCAGGAUGGACGAGCUGAAGAAACGCAAAGCGGCGACUGAGAAAACGGAGCAGGGAGUCAAAAAGGACUUGGAUGCGUGCGGUAAAACUCAGGAAAGCACGGAGAAGAACAAGAAAGAUGUCAUGGACUCCAUGGCUAAAAUCAAAGCUGAUCACGCGGAGGAAAAAGCAAAAGCGGAGGAGCAAUUAAAGAGCUUGAAACAACAGAUCUUGGAUCGAGACAAAGCUGUUUGCAUUUUUGCUGAUCCCAGCAUCGCAGAGGCACGGAGGUUGUGUGGAAUGGAUGCUCCGCAAUAAAGACAAAUCAGAAAACAACAAUUUUGAUGCUGAGCGGGACCCACAAGCUCGGGGUGUGUUUUGUGAAAAUGCGAUUCUUUUGUUGAAUAGAAGAAUCAAUUCCACUUGAUGAAGUUGUGUAGAUGUUUUUUGUUUCUUUUUGUGACGUUAUGGUGCCGCAGUGUUAAAUUGUCUACCUUUUCUAAGUGCAAAAUAAACUGGGCUUACAAAUACAACAUUUAAUUCAAAUAUAUAUUGUAUGGAAUAACCAAUGAUGUAAAUUAAAGUGUAUUCUUUUUACUAA